GCGCAAAUGUGGUCAAAUUUCGUCUAUUUGCGCUUGAUCGUCUGUUCUGUUUUUAAUUUAUUUUCUUAUUUAAUGGUUUUGUAAUAAAUAUUUUUAUUUAUUUCUGGAUAUGUGUUUCUUUCUGAAGUGGAGGGUCUGAAGGAUCUCUUCACAAGGUUGAUGGAGAAGAACCUAACUUUUUCCAAUGCUUCAAAAUCGUCCCGGAAAUGUGCUGGUCAUCAACAUUCGUGAAUCGCUGAAUUCAGAUGUGUCUAUGAUGUCAUCGACCACCAGCAGCACGAGCACACGAUGCAGCCGCAUCAAAAAGGAGGAGGAUUCCUACCGUGAUCCCUGCUCUCCACCUAGCAGCGGGGCCUACUCCCCCUCCACUACCCUCACCCCUGCCACAUCACAUGAUUAUUGUGACUCCGGGUAUGUGGAAGUCAGAUCCCGUUCCCCCUCCAGUCCCGACCGACAGUACUGUUCCUCCACCACACAGUCAUUGGGGGAGCUUAUGAUCGGCCACAUUGAUGAUGGAAGCUUAAAAGAAGAGGACCUGCCCAGACGGAUUUGUCUCGUGUGUGGUGACGUUGCUUCUGGUUUCCACUACGGUGUCGCCUCCUGCGAAGCUUGCAAGGCGUUCUUCAAACGUACCAUUCAAGGAAGCAUUGAAUACUCGUGCCCUUCUGCUAACGACUGUGAGGUAACAAAGCGACGACGCAAGGCUUGCCAGGCAUGUCGCUACCGCAAGUGCCUCAGUGUGGGGAUGCUCAAGGAAGGGGUGCGGUUGGAUCGUGUCAGAGGUGGCCGACAGAAGUAUCGGCGCAGCACUGAGCUCCCGUACAACUUCCAGCACCACUUAGCGCACCAAGGUCCCUCUGACAACAAGAUCUUGGAGGCACUGAGACAAUAUGAGCCUGAGAUCCUGGUCGGGAGUACAACAGAACCAGGAAUAGAGAUGGAGCCAAACCUCUCCGUGGUGACGAGGCUCAGUGAUUUGUAUGACCGUGAGCUUGUUGGUAUCAUCGGCUGGGCCAAGCAGAUCCCAGGGUUCACAGAACUGAAACUUAAUGACCAGAUGAAGUUGCUGCAGAGUACCUGGGCUGAAAUACUGUCUCUGACACUGGCGUAUCACUCACUUCCUAAAAGCAGCAAACUGCGCUUUGCUUCUGACUUCACAUUGGAUGAGCAGCAAGCGCGAGAAUGCGGAGCACUUGACGUGUACAAUCAGUGUACUCACAUUGUUGAGAGGUUGGAGGACAUUCGGAUCGCACGGGAUGAGUACUUCCUACUGAAGGCACUGUUGUUAGCCAACUCUGAUGUUAAACUGGGUGACAUCAUAGAGUCCAGGAAGUUCCGGGAGGCCAUCCUCAACGCACUGACUGAGUGUGUCCAGGCUAUCAGGCCUAACGGUGCAGUCAACCACCUGACCAGUUUAUUACUGUGCCUUCCUACGAUCAGACAAGCAGACAUGGCCGUGCGUAAUUUCUGGUCCAACAUCCACCAAGAAGGCAAGGUCUACAUGAACAAACUCUUUGUGGAGAUGUUGGAGGCAUAUUUGCGCCUGUGACCUGUCAGUGAACUCUCGUCAGAUGCUAGGAACCGGUAGAAACAUGUUAGGAGGAGUCAGGGUGGGAAAUUUUCUUAUUUUUUAGAGUUUAUUUUCCUUGACUGUGCAACAGUCGAUGCUAGGGUACCUGUCAUUACACAUAGUUUUAGGCCCUAAUUGUUUUUAAGCUUUAAAAGUGAAUCACAAACAUAGUUUGUAAAAAGUAUUAUUUUUCCUCGUAGUCUUUACACUUAGUAAGUAUUAGUUGGUGCAACACACAACUGUAUCACUUAUUAAUUGUAGUAUCGAUUCUCUUGAAUUUCCUGACCUGAUAAUCCGUAGGGCAGAACUUGAGUCCUGUUCGUUUGUAAGUUGUAGAAAUGUGUAUUAUAAAUAACGAGAUGAUAUUUUUGUUACCUAGUUUGUAGCCUGUUAUGUAUUUAUGUAUUAUAUGGUACAUAUGUAUUUAUGAUUGGGUGGAGUAGUGGACUGAGUGUAUAGUAUAUUUAUAUAGUAGUUGUUUUUAUCAAUAUAUAUAUUUGAGUUGAAUAAACGAAUUUAUCAACUUAA